AUGGCCGACGCUAGCAACCCCAAUGAUGCCACGGCAGAGCAGCGUGCCAGACUCGUGCGUCGCAACUCGCGCGUUACGGUGGACCAGCUACUGCGUGAGGCCUUCGCGCGUGUGGACACCGACAUGGAUGGCAAGGUGAACGCCAUCGAUAUCCAGCACGGCUUGCGUGUGGCUGGCGUCAAGCUGUCGGCGGACGACGUGGGAGAGCUCAUGAAGCGUCUGGACCCUAAGAACCAGGGUCAGCUCACGUACGACGACUUCCAUGCAUUGCACGAGGCCCUUAUCCUGAAGACGUUCCGCUCGUUCGAUAAGAAGAAAAAGGGCUACCUCGUUGACGAAGAUCUUCAGAACGGUCUGCAAGCAUUGGGCGUCACCGUCACGCUUCAGGAAGCCACCAGUAUGAUCCAGGAGCUGCAUCCGCGUGACGCACACCGCGUACAUGAGGCUGACUUCAAGCACCUGUAUCUGCUAUUGCGUUCCAAAAUGGCUUCACCCACGGCGCUUGAGCACUUCCUGUGGGAUCCGGAUGUCCGUCAGCUCUCCAAGAACUGGUGGAAGGCCAGUGUCGAGGUGGGCGAGGGUGGGUUACGUGUCCCGCUGCCGGCCGACAAGGACGGCCAGGUGAAGAAGGUGUCGCCUGUCAUUAAGUUCUUCGGUGGUGCGUUGUCCGGCGUCAUUGAGGCUCUAAUCCUCACACCGCUAGAUGUGGCCAAGACGCGUAUGCAGCUGGAUAAGACCGGCCAGUACCGCGGUAUGAUCGACUGUGGCAAGAAGCUCGUCGCUGCUGAAGGGCCCAAGGGUCUUUUCAAGGGUUUUAUCCCGUGGACAACACACGUCGUGCUGAAGAAUGGCACGCGUUUCUACUUCAACGCCAUCUUCCGUCGCAUGCUGUCGGACCAGAACGGCCAGGUGAGCGGCGGCAAUGAGUUCAUCGCGGGUGCGCUUGCCGGUGCUACCGAGGCUGUGCUGAUUGUGACGCCAUUUGAAGUCAUCAAGACGCGUCUGCAGGGCCAGGAUAUCGUCAAGGGCGAGAUCCCCAAGUACCGUGGCCCUGUGCACACUGCCGCCACGGUUAUCAAGCACGAAGGGCCGUUUGCAUUGUGGAAGGGCUUGGCCCCGACUAUCGGUCGUCAGGGUCUUAACCAGGCCUGUAGUUUCUGGUCCAACAACUUCAUUAAGAAGCACGUGUGGAAGCUUCAGGACGGGGAAUCCUUGCCUGCAUGGAAGAGCGGUCUUACCGGUAUGAUCGGUGCCAUCCCCGGUCCGUGCAUCAACUGCCCCAUGGAUGUGGUUAAGACGCGUCUCAUGGCGCAGGAGGCUGCCGCGGGUGCUGGUGGCAAGUAUAGUGGCAUGGUGGACGCCAUGGUCGUGAUUGCCAAGGAGGAAGGCGUCGGUGCGCUGUACAAGGGUCUGGUACCGCGUCUUACUCGUCUAUGCCCGUCCUACGGUAUCCAGUGGCUCGUGAUGGACCAAGUCACCGAGUACUUCUCCAAGAACUAA